AGCAACACGAAAGAUAAAGAACUCCUGGCUUUAUAUAUACCCCGAUGUGAAGAUCAACAGUAUCGGAAUACGCAGCAUUUCGAUCACGAAAAAUACGAUCAAUUCACCUUUCAUCGUGCAGUCGAAUCUUUGACCUUGCCCUUGAUUUUGGUUAAGGAUGUGUUUAUGAUCAUUUCCGUGGCUGCAUGAAUAAUAAUUUCUUGUUACUCGGGGGUUAUAACGUUAACAUCCGGUGGAUGUCACGACCAGAUGUUAAUGUGAAAAUAUACACAGAUAAUUCACCUCGUUUAUGUAGUAAGUUAAUCGUAUUACACACAGGAAAGAAAUGCCGCGGCAGCACCUUCGGAAAAGAGAGGUUUAGCGUUAGGACGAACCACCAUGGGAGGCAAGAAGCAGGAGCCGAAAGGUCAGCCCCAAGGGGCGCCGCAACAGCUUGGAGGAGACAAAGCCAAAAGCGGUAGCAAAAACAAAAAAGCACCAGCGACGGCACCAGAAGCCGCGCAAGGAGCAAAUGCUAAUGCGAAGAACAUCAGCAAGAAUAACAAUAUUAAGGCGUCGAACUUGACUGGAAAUGCGGCCCCGCCUUCCAAAUCGAAAAAACAGUUGGCAGAGGAGCGGCGGCGGGCGGCAGAGGAGCAGAAGGCACAAAGAGACGCUGUCUGGGAUAACAUGCUGAACCCGGCGUGCGAGGACCUGUCCGAAGGAACGUCAGACGAGGACGAAAGUGCCGCCUUACAGCCUGAGCGAAAGGCAGGGAACAGCGACAAAAUUGGAAAGUUUUCACCAGCAAAAAGAGCUACGGAAGAUGACACGAGCGCCGGCGAUGGUGCUCGCAGCUGCAAGAAUUUUUCCAGCUCCGCCAGUGCGGACCGAAAGCUCGUUGAUGUCAUGAUCGCUGCCGAUGCUGGCGCAGCAGAGGACGAAGUGGCUAAAUCCAGCCAGAGACUUCGAAGACAGGGCCUGCAAAAUGAAGAAAUCGAUGUUGCAAAGCAAUACGAGGCAGCGAAGGCAGAGCUCGAGAAACUCCAGAAGAAGGCGGAAACGAACGCGAAAGGCUUGUCGAAUAAAGACAAGCGGUCACUGGAGAAAUUAACUCAAAAGGUCGCGGAACUGGAGGAAGACGCAAGACGAGAUCAGGAAAGUAAAAGCUGUCCGAUAUUAGACGAUAGCGUGCCCGACACUCGGCUGCUUGCAGAAAAAUACUCGGAAAAGCUUCGGCCCUUUCACUUUUCGAUCGCCGACGAAGCCACAGCCGCAUCACAAAGCACCGACCUCAUCAUCGACCGGUUUUCCAUAAGUGUAAAAGGCCAAAAGCUUUUCGACGACGCGCCACUGAAACUUGUACAAGGGCGCAGGUACGGGCUUCUCGGGCCCAACGGGCGCGGAAAAAGCACAUUGCUGCUGCACCUCGCAGCCGGGAAGUUUCCGAUGCCAAGCACAUGGAGCUGCAUCUUAGUGGAGCAAGAGGUAGCCGCGUCCUCCCGGUCGUGCGUGGAAGAAGUGCUCUUUGCCGACCAGGAAUUGCAGAAGUGGCGGCGAGAAGAGGCAGACCUUUUCGCGCAGCUCGCGUAUACUUCUUCUUAUCACCUCACUUCCCGUUGUUCCCUUUCCACACAAAUAUUACUAGCAAAGCCAGCUUCGCCUGCAGGUAGGCAUUAGAAGAAAUGCAAAUGUCAGCUAGCAUCAUCUAGAUAAACAAAUCAAAAAAAAAGAAGCGCCGGCCCCAAAACAAAGCCGCGGCGCGCCCAAUGUGGUCGUCGCGGCUCCGGCUCGCCCAGAUUGGUCGCUCCAUUUCCGGCGCGCCCAGUCUGGUCGUCCCGGCUCCGGCGCGCCCAGUCUGAUCGCCCCGGCUGCGGCGUUCCCGACCUGGUUGCCUCGGCUUCGGCGCGCCCAAUCUGAUCAACCCGGUCCCGAACGGUCGGGACGAUUUUUGGCUGGUCCGACGGCCGUCGGACGACUUUGGGCUGUCCGACGGCCGUCGGAUGACUUUCGGUUGUCCGACCGCCGUCGGACGACUUUUGGGUAUCCGACGGCCGUCGGACGACUUUCGGCUGUGCGACGGCCGUCGAGCAACUUCUGAGCCGUCGGGCGACUUUUGGCCGCCCGACGGCCAUCGGACGACUUUUGGGCCGUGGGAUAGCUUUUGGAUGUCCGAGGGCCGUCGGAGGAAUUUUGGCCGUCCGACGGCCGUCGGACGACUUUUGGUUGUCCGACGGCCGUCGGGCGGCUUUUGUUUGGUUGUCCGACGGCCGUCGCACGACUUUCUGACUGGCCGCCGGACGACUUUCGGCUGUCCGACGGCCGGCGGACAACUUUUGGCCGUCCGACGGCCGUCGGACAACUUCUGGCCGUCGGACGACUUUGGGGCCGUCGGACAAUUUCGGGCCGUCCGACGGCCGUCGGGCGACUUUUGGGCCGCCGGACAACUUUUGGCUGUCCGACGAGCGUCGGACGACUUUUGGCUGUCCGACGGCCGUCGGGCGACUUUUGGGCCGUUGGACAACUUCUGGGUGGCCGUCCGACGGCCGUCGGGCGAUUUUUGGCUGUCCGACGACCAUCGAACGACUUUUGGCCGUUCGACGGGCGUCAGACAACUUUUGGCCGUCCGACGGCCGUCGGCUCGGACGACUUUCGGUUGUCCGACGGCCGUCUUGAAGUCGAAAGCGAAACUCAAACUCCAAGUGGAUUCUGAAACUCGAAGUCGAAACUGAAACUGGAACUCAAACUGAGUGUCGAAAUUCAAACUCAAGCUGAACGCUGAAACUCAAACUCAAACUCAAUGUUGAGACUCAAACUCAAUGUUGAGACUCAAACUCAAACUCAACGCUGAAACUCAAACUCAAACUGACACUUGCACUCUUUUACGCCAAGGUAGUUAGUAUCUAUACCAGGAUAAGAUUUCAUUUUCAGCAUUGUUUAAUAUUGUUGAUUUACAUCAACUACAACUUCAACUCAAGGUUAAGGUGUGACUACUGGAUUUGUGCUCCUCGUGUUCAUCUUCCUGCGCUAACUACUCGAUCGCAAUUGUCUCAAAUAUGUUUAGUUCCAAGCCGUGUGAUAUAGAUGCUGCUCGCUGUAACUGCUGCCGCAGUUUACGUUUUCGAAUUUCAGUACGGAUUUUUGCUUUGCUUGUUGGCUUGCGCGUUGCGACCACGAUUGUAGUACUUGUUCUUCCCUCCACCAUUUCAGGGUCAUCGAGAAUGACGGUGUUGAAGCUGCGGGUCUACUAGGUGACGACCCAGUCGCAGCAGCGAAGGCAUUGGAGGCGCUCGUGGACCGGGCACAAGAAGUGAGUAGCAAUUUGACGGAAAAGGAGUCAGCCGAAUCGGAAGUGCGACGCAUUCUUGCGGGUCUGGGGUUUUCCGAGGAGGGUAUGGAAGCGGCAACAGAGAACUUUAGUGGGGGCUGGCGUAUGCGCAUCGCGCUGGCCAAGGGCUUGUUUCUGAAGCCCAAGCUCCUCCUGUUGGACGAACCAACGAACCACUUGGACCUGGAGGCGGCAUGUUGGUUGGAGGAUUACUAUCCAAGAACAGAAGAGUUUUUGCACUCGACGACCCAGGCCAGAGAAAGUAGAAAGAUCAUUCUUAUGUUUGCUCGCGCUGGCUGCAAUACAGAAAGCAUUGCGAAGACAUGCGAAGACCAAAAGGGAGUUGAUUCUCUAUUAUGCAGAAUGCAGUUACUGCUUGAUGUCCUGCUCCUUCGGGUCUUGAUGUCCUCCUUCGGGUCUGGGACUGUAAAAGCGAUUCGUUAAUAGGUGCUUUCAGACGUGUUAGUUAUGUUGCUAAUUAUUUGAUGCAAAACCAGGACUCCUGCAAUUUUCUCUGACACUAAGGCUGAACAACCGCUGCAGCACAUAUUUCGUUUUUCUCUGGUUGUACAGGUGUCGUCGUGCAUUUCUGUAGAAUAAGUAUUUGGCAAGCUACCCGCACACGCUGCUUACCGUGUCCCACGACGCCGAGUUUCUGGACCAGGUGUGCACGGACAUGGUCGCGCUGGUCCCGGAAACGGGCAAACUUUUGUACGCGCGCGGCAGUUACAAUUCCUACAAACAGAAGAAAGAGCAAGAGCGAGCGGCGGCCCUGAAAGAGUACAAAAAAUCCGGGCAGCGGAAAGAUCUGAAGCCCCGCCCCGACUACGUAGUGAACUUUUCCUUCCCGGAAGUAGACGACGUGGCGCAUCACGGGUCCGCCAGCUCGUGGAUCAGCGCACAAGACGUGUCCUUUGGCUUCAGUGCAGCUUCUCCCGCAGCAGCAGAAGCUUCCGCCCCGGCUGGGAACGAGGGCACAAGAGCAAGCCGCGACAUCAGCACGAGUUCAAAACCUAUGAGCAAGAGGCUGCACACGGGUCCAGGGACCGAUCCGUCAUCUUCGUCUUCGGGUGGCGACGACGCAUUGCUGUUCAAGGAUUUGUCGUUGCGCGUGGACGAAAGCUCCCGAAUAGCGCUCGUUGGUCCCAACGGCUGCGGCAAAAGUACUUUGUUGCGAUUGCUGAUGAAAAUGCAGGUCGAGCCGCAGGAUGGCUUUGUGGAGCACAGCAAGCAAUUGCGUGUGGGGUACUACUCGCAGCACUUCGAGGAACUGCUGCCUUUAAGGAAGAAAGCCGCAGUCGGCUCUUCUACCACUGCAACGAAGGGGGCCAGCGGCGGAAUUUCGGCCUGCGAAUUUUUUGUGCAGCAAUUCCAACUGAGUGAGCAAAAGGCACGGGCCACCCUCGGAUCGUUCGGCCUGCAGUCCGCACAGCAUCUGAUCCCCAUGACGGAGCUCUCGGGCGGGCAGAAGGCUCGUGUUUGCUUCGCCAAGAUCACCUUGCAGAAACCGCGGCUGCUGAUUUUUGACGAGCCGACCAACCACCUCGACUUGGAAUCCGUAGAAGCGCUUAUGGAAGCCCUGGAAACCUACAGCGGUGGGGUAGUGCUUGUCAGUCACGACGCGCGACUAGUGCGGAGCGUCACGAAUGUCGAGCACGCAUCCUGCGCACCCGGCACUGUGUACAAAGUCGAACGGGAAGGGCUCGUUGAGAUCUCUUACUCCAGAUACGUGCGGCAAGUCUUGAACGAGAUCGAGCUCCGAGCACAGGCCAGUCAAGCGAGAGCGCAAAAGAAACAAGCUGAGGCAGAGGAGAAGAGAAAACAAAAGCUGCGCUCAGUGCAAAACAAGUACAAGGCCGGGGGCUCGAAGAAAAUAUGA